AACCGUCAGCAUGCAGCGCGUGCGAUAACACGCGGCAAACAUCUGCAGUGAUACCGAGUCUGAAGUGGUACAGCGUUGCGUCCAGCUGCACCAUAAUAACGCGGUAGUGUGGUAGUAUUACAACAUAAAACGCAUCCUGUUCCUGUCGUGAUGAUGCUCUUGUGGUUGGCAACCAUCACCUGCACAUUGUUGUUUCUUUCACCCCCUGCGGCCGCCUACCCUGCCGACUCUGAAAAGGGCAGAAGGAAGGUGGUUCACGUAAUGGAGGAUGAUACAGGUGCGGUGAUAGUCCAGACUGCUCCAGGUAAGGUGGUCACUCAUCGCGGAGGCACUAUCACCCUUCCCUGCCGCUUCCACCACGAACCGGAGAACGUUGAUCCUUACCGCAUUCGCAUCAAGUGGACGAAGGUUUCCGACGCGCUCCAGUUUGAGGAUGUGUUUGUAGCGCUGGGCCGUCAGCAGAAGGCGUUUGGCUCCUACCGUGGUCGCGUGUCUCUGGAGCAGGCAGGGUCAGGAGAUGCCUCGGUUAUAAUUCACAACAUCACCUUACAAGACUAUGGCCGCUAUGAGUGUGAGGUCACCAACGACAUGGAAGAUGACACAGGAUUUGUCAACCUGGAUCUUGAAGGUGUUGUAUUCCCCUACUACCCCCCAUCUGGACGCUACAAGCUAAACUACCACCAGGCAGAAGAAGUGUGCAAAGAGCAGGAUGCUAUUCUGGCCUCCCACGGGCAGCUGCACAAAGCCUGGCUCGAGGGACUGGAUUGGUGCAAUGCCGGCUGGUUAGAGGAUGGCUCGGUUCAGUACCCCAUCUCCCAUCCUCGAGACGAAUGCGGACGGAAGGACAGCCCACCUGGAGUGCGCAACUAUGGAUACAGGCACAAAGACGACGAGCGCUACGAUGCUUUUUGCUUCACCUCAAACCUCAACGGACGUGUUUACUUCCUAAAGCGGUUUAAGAAGGUAAACUACCUCGAAGCGGUUAAAGCCUGUCAGCGUGAUGGUGCAGCGAUAGCUAAAGUUGGACAACUGUAUGCUGCUUGGAAGAUCCAACUCUUGGAUCGUUGCGAGGCAGGAUGGGUGGAAGACGGUAGCGUCCGGUACCCCAUCGUCAACCCCCGAACCCGCUGCGGAGGACCAGAACCUGGAGUCCGAAACCUCGGCUUUCCUGACAAGAAGUUUCGUCUUUAUGGGGUGUACUGCUUUCGUAGAAACAGCGAUGACGAACCAACACAGGCUCCCCGAAUAACAUCAGCCAACACAACUAACAGCACCAGAAGUAUCUGAGUAAAGAAAGACACUAACGUUAGCAUCUAGCGCCAUGGCUUCCAUGAUUAGCCAAAUGUAACUGACAGACAAAAAAGCUUUUAUGCGCACCUGCUUGGCUCCUUGCGCUGAACGUCUCUUGCUUUAACUGAGAUGUUGUUCUUCUCUAAAUUAAGAACGUUAGCCAGUUUCCCAAUAUCAUGAAACUGAUAAGCUUUAUUGUUUUAGCAAAACCGUGGACCACAAAACCUUAAGUCUUAAGGGUCAAUUAGAAAUUGUACAUUAUCUGAAAGCUGAACAAGAAAGCCUUUUCACUUUGUUAGGAAAGGACAAUAUUUGGCCGAUAUAGUAUUUGAAAAUUUGGAAUCUGAGGGUGCAAAAAAAAUCUAAAAUUGCCUUUAACUCAUUCCCCGCCAGCAUUUUUUGUGAUCUUCAUAAACGUUUCACAAAAUUCCUUUCAGGAAAAUUUUCUUUUAAAAAUAUAUAAACAUACAAAUAUAUCAAAUAAGGAACAGACCCUCAGCUUUCAAACAAACAAAACGGGGAAAAAAAAAAAACGUUUCAUCCAAUCUAUAUUUUUUCUCGGCUUAUAAACUCUUAAAGUUGGGUAUUUUCUUUUUUUUAGCAAAAAGCUUAAAGAAACACUACACUUUUUUGAAAAUAUUCUCAUUUUUCAGCUCUCCUUGAGUUAAACAUUUGAUUUUUAUCGUUUUGGAAUCCAUUCAGCUGAUCUUCGGGUCUGGCGCUACCACUUUUAGCAUAAUCCAUUGACUCUGAUUAGACCAUUUAGCAUCACGCUACAAAUAACCAAACUUAAGAGUUAAAACUUGACUCUUCUGUAGUUACAUCGUGUACAAGGACUGACAGAAAAUUAAAAGUUGCGAUUUUCUAGGCAGAUAUGGCUAGGAACUAUACUUUCAUUCUGGUGUAAUAAUCAAGGACUUUGCUGCCGUAACAUGGUUGCAGGAGGUGCAAUGAUAUUACGCUGCGCCUAAACAUAGUCCCCUUAGUAACUUUCAAUAGCAGGGGACUAUUUUUGGGCACUGCGUAAUAUCAUUGCACCUCCUGCAACCAUGCUACAGCUUUAAAUAGGAAAAAAUAUUGAAACUCGUUGGUUAUUUUUUAGCGCGAUGCUAAUGGUCUAAUCAGAUUCAAUAGAUUAUGCUAAGCUAUGCUAAAAGACCCGGAGAUCAGCUGAAUGGAUUCCAAAAUGAUAAAAAUCAAAUGUUUAAAGGGGACAGAGAAUGAAAAACAAUUUUUACCUUGUACAACAAAGAGAUCGCCGGUGCAGCACAGAUGUCUGUAAAAAAAUUAUUUUAAUAAAGAUGCACAACAGUGACUAACGUUUCGAUGCACAAUUACAUCUUCAUCAGAGUCCUCAUCUGAUUCCGUCCUUCUCUGGUCGCACCGGAUUGUCUUGGAUCACAGAAGCGCAGUUUACUCCUUUUUUCUUCAAUUUUUACCUUGUCUUUGUUGAAUAAUGGUAGUCUACCUGCAUUUACAAACAUACAAAAAGUGCUAGACAUGCCAAACAUCUCAGUCUCAUAGAAAUUCCUCUUUUAGAAAUG